AUGAACGGCUCGCCCACCUACAGCAGCAUGUCCUACUCGCAGCAGGCGACCCCGGGCAUGGGGCUGAGCUCCAUGGGCUCGGGGGUCAAGACGGAGUCGAGCUCCAGCCCGCCCGUGGUCACGUCCUCCUCCCACUCCAGGGCUCCCUGCCAGGGCGGAGAUCUCCGGGACAUGAUCAGCAUGUACCUGCCCGGGGCCGACGUGGCGGAGCCGGCCGCCCCCAGCAGACUGCACAUGUCGCAGCAUUACCAGAACGCACCUGUGCCAGGAGCGGCGAUAAACGGCACGCUGCCUCUGUCCCACAUGUAAGACCCAGGGGGCGGCGCGGGAGGGGGGCUCGGCAGGAAGGAGCGCGGAGAAACCCAAACCAAGCGACAAACUUUUCUUAGCAAUGCUGGACUUUUCUG